CUCAUAAGAAAUGUCAUCGUAACAUCUGAUCGUAAUAUUUAUUAAUAAUGUUAAAUAAUAAUAAAAAAUAAUUCCAUUUACAUAUGAUUGCAGAGUAAACCGUAAACAAAACAAGAAUAAACACAAGAAAGAAAAAUCAAAAUUAAAAUCGGCCAUCACGCAAGAUGCUUAUUAGAUUAAUCAAAUUCGCCGCUGUAUUUCGUCCGAUGUUCUAUGUUUCUCGAAACAUGACGGAUUACGAACCCAGUGACUUGUAUCCCGAUUGGCCAUUAUCUGACACUGAUAAGAAGACCGCACUGACCAGGUGGAAGGACUGGAUGAUGGCUUUGGAGUCGGGGGUGAUAAAAAUGGAAGAACCCAUGUUCCCGAAGGAACGGCUGGAUAUUAUAAUGAAUGAGAUCCAGCGGCUUAAGGAGGAACUAGGGGAUGAAGCAGAAAGUUACUGACUACUAGCACUAUCUAGUAGUGAAAAUAAGAAACAUUUAAAUGUACAAGCGUAUGUAACCAUGUAAAUAAAAACCUAUAAAGUAC